CGGUGUACCAGCUGCGCGUGAGAAGGACGAAACGCGCGCGCUUAUACUUCGUUUCAGCUGAGAACUUGGUCGUUUCUGGUCGUUUCUCAAGUUGAGAAUUUCCUGAACGUAAAAAAUAAUCGCAGUAUUCAUUCAAUACUCUGUAGUGCAGCCCAAAUCAUUUGAGAGCUAGGAAUCACUGUAAAUCUGAGUCUUCGACGUGACGCAUUAUCAAUAUUUAUUCCGAGAAAAAUUUCUUACGUUAUUUCGAAGAAUUAUGUCGAAGAAACUAUAUACUCAUCCUAAUGUUUGAGUUUCGUUCUCUUGUCUAUUCAUGUUACUUCGACUUGCAACCCGAUUCUGUCGUCUGCUAAAUCUGACAUUACCGUAAGUUCAUCAGCUCCAUAAGAUCGGCUUCUGUCGUUCACCGUGUGUCACGACUAUGCUUUGAUCUAUAUAAUUUUCUUUUAUCAACUUGCGAAGAGCGUUGUCUAUUGAAAAAGGGAAGGGAGUCCAAUAUGCAUUCCAGCCUCAUGGUAUUGUUAGCUUUGGCAGCCUUCGUGGGUGCUGAGAGCAUCCUAAUGUCCAAGGUGUUUAUCAUUCCCAUCAAGCCAGACACUUUCGACUGGAGCAUAGAUGGUAGACAUGAUCAGUUUUUAUAUCAACCAUCCCUGUUGAGUGCACCCGAUCUGCCUUCAUGGAUUCAUUAUAUUUAUAGUAAAAAAGAUCAUCAUGGCUUUUUAUAUGGUGUAGCGCCUCAAGAUCAGGAAGAUUUUCAGCUUGAAAUUGUGGGUCUCAAUAAGCAUACCUAUGAGACCAGAUACAAGAUUUUGAAUAUAAGUGUUCACGAGAAAGAAAACCUAACAAAAUAUGAGAUUCAAUUAAAAAUUGAUAAUCUCAAUGUGGAGGAUAUGUUGGAUUACAACAAAACAGAAAAAUUGUUGAAUGUUUUCAGGAAUAAACUUUGGACAGAGGCCACAGAUCUAUACGUGACAUUUCUAGCAUCAGCAGUGGAGCUUGGGGCGCGGCUUCCUCUUAGACCUGGAGAGGGGGAAGGGGUCGUACUUCGACUGGGUAGUUCCGCACAGUUUUCACACGAGUUGAAUGAACUGCAGGAGCAAGUGAAACCAUUAUGGAAGAUGUCCUCUUGCCCUAGGGAUUUUAAAAGAACAAUCGUCGAAAGACACUUCAGAGUUGCGGGAUUUGUUUUGGACUGGUGCUCCUUUAGAUUGAUCGAGGAGAAUCACAGUCUGCAACAGGAAAGUGCUAGAAGGGGACCGAACGUGAACGUCGUAGGACUUUCGUCAUCUGGUUUCUCUGGUCAUGCGGAAUGGAGAUGGGCAAGACCUACGAAGGCCGGGACACCCGUUCGAAGUUACUUGAAAGAAAUGGCCACUGCAGUCUUCUUACCUGCUACUCUUCUCUUGAUUUUCAUCACUCUACUCAGCACCGCUUUCUGCUUGCACCACGAAAAAUUAAUUGACCGGGAGUCCGAGAUUUAUUUCCACGAAUUAUUUAACACCUUCCUCGAGAUGAAGGAGGUGGCAAGGGAAACGCGAGACUCCACGCCCGUCGAAGGAUUAAGUAACAAUGGUGUGCAAAUGGUGCAGAAUGCGUCUUCGGAAAGGGGAACUUUGAGGUCACUGUCGGCCCAGCCGUCAAGUCCAAGUGAUUCGUUGUCCCGCAGUCCGAGAAUGUCUGGCGAACGCUGUAACCCGUACAUCCGACCGAAUCCGCCACCAUAUAUGGGAUCGAUUAACACGACUGGAGUGCGGGCGGAUUUCUGACUACACGAGGAGCCAGCGAAAACAUGGUUUUGCUAGAUUCCUUCGGUUUCGAAUGGAAACGUCGGAUCGAAUUACAUAUGUAUAAUGCGACUGAGAGAAAGGCAAAAUCAAAAAAACUGGCUCCAACAAAUUCAGCAACUGCUGAUUACAGAUUACUUAUUGCAAGUAGUGAUGCACAUUAUCACGUCACUCGGCAAGUUGAAUAUGAGUGCGCCUUUAAUUUAUUAUAUUUCUUUUAGCAUUUAUAUACUCGAUAAAUAUGUAAUCCAUUGAUCAAAUAUGAUGAAAUAAACAACUCCAGAAUAUAAA